AUGUCUGCAGAAACAUAUGACGUUGUCAUCGUUGGGGGCGGCGUCUCGGGUCUGGUUUUGGCUAAUCGUCUCUCCGAGGACUCCAAUCUUCAGAUUGUUGUUCUGGAGUGCGGUCAAGACCGUAGCGGGGACGCAAAUACAUUGACCCCCGGCGCUUGGCCGUUGCUGACCAACUCUCCGUCCGACUGGACGUUUCAAACGGUUCCGCAAAAACACAUCACGAGGCAGAUCACGGUCCCCCAAGGAAAGGCUCUCGGGGGAUCUAGUGCUAUCAACAGAUUCCUUUUCACGUCCACCUCCAAGGCGACCGUCGACGGCUGGGAGAAGCUUGGCAACUCGGGCUGGAACUAUGCCACGUACGAGAAGACCUUACAGAAAUCAUUUACCCUGCAUAAGCCAGGCGGUGUGACAGAGGGCAAUGGUCUGCUUCAACUCACUCUCCGUGCCGCCGAGAGCCCUUUGGAGAAGGCUUGGAUCGAAGGCCUAACGUCGUUAGGAUUUCCUGUAACAGACCCUCUCUCUGACCGCCUCGGUGGGCCAAGUCACCAGCAGUCCCACCAGCAUAUCUUGCCGCGCAAAAGGAGUUUGUGUACUCUAUCUUGA